AUGGUGAGGACGCUGCUCAAAGCCACAUCCUCUCUAUUCCCAGGUCCCUGCCACAGAUCUCCUCACUGGCUCUCCCGUUCCCUCCUCUCUCCCCUGCAGAUGCUGUGGCUGCUGCUCUUAACUCUACCCUGUCUGGGGGGCUCCAUACCUGUGACCUCAGAUCCCAGCCCAGGGACUGAGCUGGUGGGCAUUGUGGGAGGGCAUAAUGCUUCCAUUGAGAAGUGGCUGUGGCAGGUGGGCCUGUGGAUCCUUGAUACAGAACAGUGCAAGUGGAGUCUCGAUUGUGGGGGCUCCCUCAUCCAUCGCCAAUGGGUGCUGACUGCUGCACACUGCAUUGAAGAGACAAACCCUGACCCCCAGCACUUUAAGGUCCAACUAGGACAAGUGGGACACUCAUUCAGUGACAGUGUGCAGGUGGUUAGGAUCAUCCGCCACCCCAAAUACUGUCUUGAAAAGCAAGCAAAAGGUGGGGCAGACGUGGCGCUUCUCAAACUGAAGGCCUCCGUGCGACCAUCUAACCUCGUCAAGUGGAUCAGCCUCCCACCAGCCUCCUCCACAUUCCCCGCAGGCACCCGGUGCUGGGUGACUGGCUGGGGUGACAUUCAUUAUGAAGAGCCGCUGCCAAAGCCCUACAAUCUGCAGGAAGUGGAGGUCCCCAUCGUGGCACGUAAGACCUGUAGGCAGCAAUAUGGCAAGGUAAUCAAGGACGACAUGCUGUGUGCAGGGAGCCCGGGCCGGGACUCCUGCCAGGGUGAUUCUGGGGGCCCCUUGGUCUGUAAAUGGAGGAACAUCUGGGUCCAGGUAG